ACAGGCGGUGGAGCGGCUCAGUAUGGCGGUGGACGCGGGGGUGUGAGGAAGUGCUGUUCCUCCGCUCGGACCGCAUAACGUUGCGUUCGGUCUUGGUAUUUUACAGUUUGUUCUAACGGUGCUCAGUAACACUCCCAGCGGCACUGAAUAGCAGCUGAUGCGUCCUGCGAGCGCCUGCAGUCUAACCGCUCGUUCGUAGGCGAGGGAGAAGCAUAUCUUAGUGAGUAAAUAAAGUGAAAUUCCAAACGUCUCGUGACAAUAGAGACGAAACUCAUUUCCUUCAGUGUCGGCGGCGAUAGCCUCCAGGAGUGACUCGAGUGAGAAAUAAGCCUCCGAGCUUCCCAGGCGACCGGGGCGAGGUGUGUGGCGAAGCGUCCGGGUCGCCGCAGAAAGCAGGGGGCUCUCGCGGUGUGUUAAGGGGAGCGGAAAGUCUAAGACAAUUAGGAAAGUACUUCUUCGAACGUCCUCCCCGCGAGAGACGGACAGUGCAACAGUGUAUUGUCUCCUACAUCGCAGUGACUGAACGAAGUGUCCGUACGUGGCAAGCAGGUGGGUCACAAGUUGCUCAGAGGAUGUGGACGUCGGAAUAGAUAAGCUUUGGCUGGACCAGUGCUUCUCCAGAGUACCGAGGCAGCACGAGGACACGUCAGCGAGGGUUGGGUUCCUUCGAGACGUCACUGUGGCCACCCGGCUGAGGUGGGGCGGCGCGGAGAAACGGCCUGCUCGGAGAUCGGCUUUGAUCCGAUCCAGUUAUGAAACGACUUCCCGCUAAGUGAUAUUGGGAAGCGAGAGGAGUUAGUCAACUGUGAAAUGCCUUUUGGCGAGCUAGAUUCUGUGAGACUCAAGGAAAUACAAAGUGUUUCUAAAUGCAAGAGCGAAUAAGUUCAGGAAAAGUUACGGCAGCUCGCACGCCCCUUGGACCAACCACCAGG